AUGCAAAAACCUCAAAAAUUCCCUGUCAUUGAAACCACCGCACCCUGCACCUCAACCACCAUUCCAGUCAGCAAUGAAAUCCACAAGCUGACCCUGGAUUUGGACGACGACACGAAAAGAAAACCAAAAUUUCGGCGAAUCUACAAAACCUGGCCGAUUUUGCGCUUUCUGAAUCAACUUUUUAACCCUCAAUCGGAUAGAAUAUCCUACGUCGACAACCCCAUGGAUGAGAUUCUGCCGAACCUGUAUUUGGGCGGGAUUAGAGCGGCGACGGAUCGGGAGUUGCUGAAGGUAAAACCUUUUUUCAAAUAUUUUUAGCAAAGAAAGUAUCACAAUCUUCAUUUUUUCUGCAAAGCGCGAGUCAGGAGCCUUGAAAAUAUUUUACAAAAAAUUGUCUAAAUUUUGCUAACAACGGUUAUUAACCAAGGAAUUACCCUAUGUGCGAGGCUCAGAUUUUCUUUAAAUUUUGCACACACGUUGGACAUAUUCCAUAUAGCAAUUCCUGAAAAUUUCAGCUUCCGCUUUGCAGGGGCGUCCAAGAUAUUCAACGAUUUUUGCCGCCGAGAGAGCACGGAAAAGGCGGAGUUCGGUCAGAGAUAAAGUCACUGUUGCCCGUGUCCUUGCCAUUUUUUUGCAGAUUUAAAAAAACAUAUUUUUUCUGUAAAGACGUCACUCUCUGCAGUAGAAAUAUACAGGGUGGGCCAAAAAAAUGGACGUUAAUUUUUCUUCGACUUUUCCUGCCAUGAAACAGUUUGUGAGAGAAGGUAUAUAUGGCAUGAAAGUACUGUGUUUAGGGAAUAUAUUUAUUGUAGAAUUUUCGUCCUUCCUGCAAAAGUUUAUAACAUACGGUUGCAGGAAAGUUGUCGGGUCAAAACUUAUUAGGCCAAAGUUUGCAAAAAAAGUGUUGCUUUUUUCGUGGCCUAAAAAUUUUCUUUUGGCCUAAAAAUCUCGGCCGUACCUGCGAAGCGCGGGAAUAAGAAAUUUCUGACAAGGGAAGUCGUUCAGAUCGCAAAUGCGUUGAGCUAUGGGACCGGUAUAUUCUGAUUCUCCAUAUUCGAAAACGGUAAGAGCUAAAACAAAUUUUCCGUCUGGGCCCAGGUUUUCGAGAAAAUCGACCGUAAAUUUUGACCGGAAACCCCGCUAAAUAGUCCUCGCUCCAAAAGACUUUUGGAUCAAGAGCUAAAUGGCGGAGGGCGAGUGAAAACGCUCUCAAAAUUCUUUUGUCCGUGAUACCGGGAAAGGUUCGAGUCCCGCUAGGCUAAAACGCAUGUUCAAAGAGCUCUGAUAUUGAAAAUGAUAAAAAAUAAAAAUUUUUUAGUUUUUUGUGGUGAAGUGUACCCCAAUAAUUUCAGAUCAAAUAGUUUUUUUAGGAAUAAACACUUCAUUUUUGAGUUCAGCGCAGAAAUAUGAUUGGGAACAAGGGUCUCCUCCAACCGAUUCAACCACUUGCCCCUUACAAAUACCAGAGGGACAAUCUCCCAAAGGCCAAUACAAACAAUCACCGAAUAAACCGCAAAUACGUUUAUCCUCAGUAAAACACCUCUCCUCACAAUAUGGCCAAACGAAGGGCCGCAAGAUCAAUACAAUAUAAUCAAAAUCCUCUAGCAACUGUAGCCAACCGCUCACAGUGCUGCUUCUUCCACCAAUUGUCCUCAUUCCCAUCGUUCCUAUUCUCUCUCGAUCAUUGUGGCGGAAUGCCAAGGCUCUCAAUCUCUUCGUGUCAGGGCGCGGGUCGGGGUCCAAUGUCGUUAUUGCGGCCGUGGGUUCACACGCCCCUCCUCUAGAUAGACGGCGUCCCGACGUCAACAAGGUGCUUCUUCCCAAGUUCAUCAUUCAAUUCUGGUUGAUUUCAGCCGGUGUAUGAUGGGCAGACAGGAUUCUCUCUUGAUCGGCUUGCUGGACGUGGCACUGGUGGGUUUGGAUUGGCGUUGGAGGGCUUGGAGUGGCGUUUUUCUGACUUGGAACAAGGCGGAUAA